AUGACUGUGGGCAAGAGCAGCAAGAUGCUGCAGCACAUCGACUACAGGAUGAGGUGCAUCCUGCAAGACGGUCGGAUCUUCAUUGGCACCUUCAAGGCUUUCGACAAGCAUAUGAAUCUGAUCCUGUGUGAUUGUGAUGAAUUCAGGAAGAUCAAGCCAAAGAACUCAAAACAAGCUGAAAGAGAAGAGAAGCGAGUCCUUGGGCUGGUGCUGCUUCGAGGGGAGAAUCUGGUCUCAAUGACAGUAGAGGGACCUCCUCCCAAAGAUACGGGCAUUGCCCGAGUGCCACUUGCUGGAGCUGCUGGGGGCCCGGGCAUCGGCAGGGCUGCUGGCAGAGGAAUCCCAGCUGGUGUUCCCAUGCCCCAGGCCCCUGCAGGACUUGCUGGGCCAGUUCGUGGUGUUGGUGGACCAUCACAACAGGUGAUGACCCCACAAGCAAGAGGCACUGUUGCAGCUGCUGCAGCUGCUGCCACAGCUAGUAUUGCAGGGGCCCCAACCCAGUACCCACCAGGUCGUGCAGGUCCUCCCCCACCUAUGGGCCGAGGGGCACCCCCUCCAGGCAUGAUGGGCCCACCACCUGGUAUGAGGCCUCCCAUGGGCCCCCCAAUGGGGAUCCCCCCUGGACGAGGAACUCCAAUGGGCAUGCCCCCUCCAGGAAUGCGACCCCCUCCACCAGGAAUGCGAGGGCCCCCUCCCCCAGGAAUGCACCCACCAAGACCCUAG